AUGGAUGGAUUUGUGUGUAUAGCAAUUAGCAAUAUUUGUGUAGCCAAUAGCCAUAUAUGGAUAGUACACAAUNUAUCGGUUUUUAUUCCAUACUUAGACUCUUUUAUAAGUCAAUUAAAAUCUAGAUUUCUUAAUCAUAUUGAUAUUUUGUCAAGUUUUCAAUCUCUUUUCGACGAAAAUUCUACAAAAGAAGAAUUCAAAAAAUUAGCUGUAUUUUAUGAAGAAGAUUUAAAUGGUAAUAAUUCAAUAAUAGAAGAGUUCCAACUGUGGCAAAGAAAACUUAAAAAAUUGGAAAUAAAACCAAAAAAUUCAAUUGAUGCACUGAAGUUGUGUAAUGCAGACAUAUAUCCAGGAGUUAAUAAGUUAUUUCAAAUUUUGUCUACACUUCCUAUAUCUACGGCUUCAAACGAACGGACUUUUUCAUCACUAAAACGAAUUAAAACAUAUCUACGAAAUACAAUAUCUGAGAAAAGACUUAACGGAUUGGCUAUGUUAAAUAUUCACAGGGAUCUUGAAAUCACUGUUGAUGAAGUGAUAGAGGAGUUGGCAAAAAAAUCUAGACGACUGGAAUUUAUUUUAUAACAAUACUUUUCAUAUGUAGUGCUUAAUACAAUAUAUAAAUAUAUAAUAUUACAUAAGACUAUA